AAACAAAAGAAAAGAAAAGCCUCUUCCCUUUCUCUCCAAUCUCACAUUUUCUCCGACUCUUUCUAAAUUCUAACACGAACGCGUCAAACUCGGCUCUCGGCGACUUAAUUCAUAGGACUCGGAUUCCAAACUUACAGGUCCGCGCUCUGUCCUUCUCGCGUCUGUCCCUUGGAGCGGACGUUGUUUAGAGGUUUUCCUACUCUCUAAUGAUUUUCUGUUACACUACUGCGACUGCAGUAUUACGUUUGACUCGCAAGGUCAUGAAUGUAAAUUCCGUAUGUUUUGGUGAAAUGGAGCCCUUUUGUAAGUUUACCAUGUUUUGGAGCUGUGAAGGAUGUUCUGAUUUCGGUGUUUAGAGCUACUUUGGGUACUUCCAUGAAGGGAAGCAAGUCAAAAGCGGGCUCAAGUGGAAUUCUUUGGUCUGUUUGGGAAACUUUGGCAGAUUACUUUCUGUAUAACUUAGGGUCCCGUUGUGAAUUUUGUAAAGUUGUAUAAUUUGAAGGUCUUGUUCUUCUUUUUGAGCUGGUUCAGUCGGUGCUGGAGUUAAGUUUAAAUUUAGGGAUUUUGGAGGAGAAGUAUAGAAAAACUGGUGUCAUCUCAAAAAUUGUGUUGUAACAUUAAUUUCGUUCCUUGAGUUUCAAUAUUUUUUUAAUUUCUUUUUUAGGAUAUUGGGCUAGUUUGGGUGGAAGUUAAAGUUGUAUUUAGGGUUUGCUAUUUGCUGUGAAUUUGGGUUUUCCUUCGCCUUAUUCAAGCUCUAAAUCUAUAUUGAUAUUGGGUGGGACUGUGAAUUAGACUGAUUUUGGAUGUGAACUUAGUUGUAUUAGAUAUAGGUCCGGUUGGUUUAGGGAAGGAUGUUUUAUUCACAGUUUAUAUUGGCAAAAAAAGGGCCUUUGGGGACGAUAUGGAUAGCUGCACAUUUGGAGCGGAAGCUUCGCAAGAAUCAGGUUGCUGAUACCGAUAUUGGUGUCUCUGUAGACUCGAUUCUUUUUCCUGAAGUACCGAUUGCACUUCGUUUAUCGAGUCAUCUACUGCUUGGUGUGGUGAGGAUAUAUUCUAGAAAGGUGAAUUACCUUUUUGAUGAUUGCAGUGAGGCUUUGCUUAAGAUCAAGCAAGCUUUUCGCUCUACUGCUGUGGACUUGCCGCCAGAGGAGUCAAUUGCCCCUUAUCAUUCUAUAACCUUGCCAGAGACCUUUGAUCUUGAUGAUUUUGAGCUGCCUGACAAUGAAUUAUUUCAAGGUAACUAUGUUGAUCAUCAUGUCAGUACAAGGGAGCAGAUUACUCUCCAAGACACCACGGAUGGUGUUGUUUACUCCACGUUGCAAUUUGGAUUGGAUGAGCGGUUUGGUGAUGGUGACACUUCUCAGAUUGGUUUGGACCUCGAUGAGGAGCUGAUCUUGGAAAGGGUUGAUUCCCCAGGACAUGAUGGAGUUUCACAAGUGGAUCCUCAGGCUUCUGUUGAACCAAUUAUCUGUAUGGAAACUGGAAAUUUUGAAAUAAUGCCCCCGAGUGGUAGUGGGAAUCAGGUCAAAGACCAAGCUGCUAAUUCUGAACACAUGGAAUAUGCUCAAACUCCAUCGACUCCUGGAUUAGUGGACAAGCCAAACUUGUCCAGUGUUAAGGAGGUUUUGGGACGUGAUGAUCAAUUGGACUUGGAAGAUCAAAAUUCAACAAAAUUGGUAGGAUUAGAGAGCAGGGAAAAUGGUUCCAGUAAGUCAGAUCCACACCAGCAGGAUACAAAUGCAAGGAUUUUGUCUUUGUUCAAGGAAUUAAACCAUGAUACUGCUGUACUCAUGCAGACUGAGGAGAACGGCUGCCUCGCUGGUGAGGUUGAGGUAGAUGGGUAUAUUGUGGCAACGAACAAUUCAAAUCUCAUAGAAAAAUCGCAUGAUGGCGUUACAGGCCAUAACAAACUUAGCGUGUCAUCUGUAGACAAAAUGAAUGGGAAUUAUGCAAAAGCCACUGGGGUUGGGUCAUAUGAAACUGUUGAAUCUCCUCACGGCUCUCAUGCCAUAUUUGAUUCAGAGGGCUCUGAUCGCAGAUUUUUUCCAGAUGAUAACUCUGAGCUUGUUUCGGCAUGCCUGGUGGAUAAUCAGGCAUUAUGUGAUCUUGAAGUUCACAAUGAUGGGGAAAUUAAUAUUAACAUUGAAGAAUCUCAUUCACCUGGAAAUGCUGCUGCAUCAGACGCUUCUGGCAGAACCAAGGAGAAAACAGAAGCUCAUUCUCAUCAGGAACCUAAGGAGUUUGAAAAUUUGGACAAGGCUGUUGUUAAUGAAGAAAAAUCAAGCCAUAUGCAUAUGCUUAUGGCAUGCAAUUCCCAUAUGAGCGAACAUGGCGUGUCAUCUCCUAGAUGUGAUGAGUCUAUGCUUAGCAAGUUACAAUCAGAUGAUGUUGGGCCGUGCUCACCAGAGGCAACCAGGAGAGAGGAUGGUCUGGAAGCCGAGGAUAAUCAAAUACGGCAAACUACUUCAUGUGAAGGAAUUCAAGCAAAUGGAAGGGGAUCAGAUGAGCAACUUGACAAUGCAGUUUCAAUUGACUUUCAAUUUGAGAAUGUAAAUAGCUUCAUGACUUCUGACUUUCCCGAGCCUGAAAAGUUGCUCUCUGUACCUGAGGGGCAUCUUGAUAAACCAAAUGGUUUACUAGCUAACUCUACAACUGACACAGAAGCUGUAGAAGGGGGUGAUGGAGGCGGGGAUGGGACUACACUCAUUUCUGGGAAAAAACGUAGUUUUACAGAGUGUUCACUUACCGUAGAAAGUAUGAAAUCAGUUGAGUCAUUUGGUUUGAUCACAUCAAAGAGGACUGCAGAAACAAUUCCUGACGAUGAUGAUUUAUUGUCUUCAAUAUUAGUUGGAAGAAAAUCAUCUGUUAUGAAAAUGAAACCUACUCCACUAGCCCCCGAAGUAGCAUCCAUGAAACGUGCCAGGUCUGCACCCUGGGGCAGCAUUUUGAAACGAAAGGUGCUUAUGGAUGAUGCAAUGGUCUUGCAUGGCGACAUUAUACGCCAGCAAUUGACAAAUACUGAUGGCAUUCGUCGCGUACGGAAAAAAGCUCCUUGCACUUAUGCUGAAAUUUCAAUGAUUCAGAGGCAAUUCUUGGACGAAGAAAUUUUUAAGGAACCCAUACCAAGUGGUAUGCCUGUAGAACUAAUAUAUCUGCACAGUGAACCAUUUGAUUUGAGUGGAAUCCAAGUUUCUGAAAAUGAUGAUAAUAAUGGUAUUUCUAGAGGAGCAAAGGAUCUGGACUUUUCAGUUCGACCUGGUAUUAUGAAGGACAGUGAAAUUGAAAGGAGCACUGAACCUUUAGUUCUUGGAAAUGAGGUUGACCCACAACAAGCUGAGAUCACCCAUCAGAAUGAGAGCCAGCAAGAUAAUGACCAUCACCUAUGUGCUUGUGAUACUCAAGGUCAUACAAAUGCUAUUGCUUUUCAAGAUGAGCAUUUAGCUGAGAUAGUUGAAAUGGAAAUUGACCAAGAGAGGGUUGAAGUCGCUAAUGGAACAAAUCAUUCUCUCCAUUGCUUUGAGACAUCCCAAAGUGAUUCUGUUGGUGAUAAUUGUAAAGUGUCUGCUGUCCUGGUCACGGAUGUUCCUCUAAAUUCAGAUGCGUUGUGUGUGUCAUCUAGCAAGAUUAUUGGUCAACCUGUUGUGGUUUCUUUACAGGAGAUGUGUGAUGGAAAAGGAGUAGAUGCUACUGAAAUUGAUCAUAAUGUUGGCAAUGUAAUUGAAUUUGGAAAGGCGCUGAGAUCAGGGGAUGAGUUGGAGGAUAGCAAAAUUGUGACCUCAAUUGAAACCAAAGCAGAUGCUCAGACAGAUGAUUCUGCAAUCACUGGCAAUGAAAAUAUGCAUCCAGAAACUGGCAGAUUCGAUAACCUCACUUCCCUAAAUGGUGACAAACCUGUGGAGGAAGUUGAAAAUAAUAAGCUAGGUAUUGAUAACCAGGAUGUUCUGCUGGAUGUGGAUUUGGGGAACUCUCUUGGGGUGCUAAGUGAAGGGCCCAAUAUUGAGUGUACACACCCUGUGGAAUUCAAUGUUGAUGUCAAAGAUGCUUGCAUGGAUGAUGGAACAUACCUAUCCUAUCGAGAAACUGAUCCACAGAGCCUGACAGAUGAAGAGAUAGCUGCUGUUCAUCGUCUCCCCAUGCAAGAUUGCCGAGAUGUUAAUAUGUGCCUUUUAGGCUUGAGGAAUGUCCUAAAUUCGUUGUUUUACUGUAUGGUGCAGGAUGUUGAAAAUGUCGCUCCUGGAAAUGAUACAGAAUUUUUGAAUGUAGACGAUGAUGAUGCAGCUGAAGAGGAUGAUGACAUGCCAUGUGCUGAAGAGAUUCACCUUCUUGAGAACAGUGGAUGGUCUUCGCGCACUAGGGCUGUUGCCAAGUACCUUCAGGUUUUAUUUGAUAAAGAAGCUGUACAUGGAAGAAAGUUUGUUUUGAUGGACAACCUUUUGGCUGGCAAAACUCGUAAAGAAGCAUCGAGGAUGUUUUUUGAAACAUUGGUUCUUAAGACAAAAGAUUACGUCCACGUUGAACAAGAAAGGCCCUUUGACAACAUUAAUAUAAAGCCUCGUGUAAAGUUCAUGAAAUCAAUUCUAAUCCCUCGCGUAGGAAAGGCAGAAACAGUUGAAAAGUUUGUGUAGCUGUAGUUCUUGAUAUGUUGAGUAGCUGUCGUUCAUCUGAUACUUGGAUGGGUUUUCUUCAUUAUAUCUUUAAUAAGUUGCGUGUUUUUUUUUUUUUUUCUCAAUUCUUGUUAUUAUUGCUUAGUUCUUGUAAGUGGUUAAUUUUUUUUUUUUUUGGGUGGGGGAUGGUGGUGACAACUUUGCUUGGGUAGCGCUUGUCAACAUGUGGCAGUAACAUAAUAGAGAUCCUAUCUGUGUACAUAUUUGUAAAAUAUCAUCACAGUUGGCAAUUGAAGAUGCUAAUCCUGUGUGAUAGAAAUUUUUAUUUUUCUUUAAGUUUUUAUGCUCAUAUUUUGGACA